UUCGAGGUGGAUGUGUGUUCGGUGUUUUGAAAAAUUAUUUUGGUAGAAGAAAAUAAAGUAAAAAUUAUUAUUCCAAAAAAAAAAAAAAACAGUUUAAACCAAAAAUGAAUUCCAAUACGGACUAUGAAGGAUGUGAAGAUGGUUUAAUACGAUGUAUAUUCUUGAGUGAAUUCCAUCCUACAGCUGGAUGUAAAAUAAGUUGUCAAGUUCCAGAAGAUUAUGUCUCGAAAAAGAUUUUUGAUGCCAUCAAUGUUUAUAUCAUUCCAAAGCCACAAUUACAACGAUGCAUUCUCACGGUAAAUGCAUUACGUCUUAAAAUUGUCGGCUACCCAGUCCGAAUUGAACAUCAAAAGUAUGCUCGCAAUGCUUUUCAUUUUAACUUGUGUUUUGUUUGUGAUGCUUGGGCAAGAUCAAUUCAAUAUGAACCGGUUGUGAAGAAAUUAUCAGAGUAUUUGAUUAUGAUGGAAGAAGAAACUUGCUUUCUAUCGAAAGAAGAUGAUAACAAAAAGCGAUUACAAGAACUUUUUGCAACAGUCAUACAUGAUUUAAAUAAAGACAAAGUUACAACAAUCGUAGAGGGAGAUACAACUAUAUACUUGAAAAUUGUGACUCACAAACCUGACCCACCAGUGGUAAAAGAUCAUAUGGUUCCUCUUUUAACACUUGAAUACAAAACUAUACCUAUAGAAAGUUGGGACCUAACAACACAGCAGAUUCUACCUUAUAUAAAUGGGAUCAAUCACAUAGCUCAAAUAGCAGCCGAAGCAGAUGUUGAAACCAAUCUUGUCAAAUCCUGCAUUCAAAAUUUGGCAUACUAUGGAGUUGUGCACUUGUUGCCAAUUUUGAAAUACAGCAACGUCUAUAUGUGCACGCAACAUCUUAAAACUCUCAUCCAAAGCUCAGAAUUGACUAAAGCUUGUCGUGAAUAUGUUUCACUUAAUCCAGAGAAAGAAAAAUCCAAACCACCAAUACAGAAAAUAUUUCAAUUUUAUGCUUCCAUGACUCAUGGUAUAACACUACGGGCAAUAUGUCAACGUUUAUGUCCACAAAAUCAUAAUAUCGAUGAAAGAAAAUUAGUAGUUUUUGGAUUGCAACAUCAUUUAAUAAGAUGCAUUCAUAAAUAUCCAGUGUUUACGGGUUCAGUUCCUUCGGGGAGGCAAAAAUUGUAUACAGGGUUGUGUAACUUUGAUGAAAUUUGUUGCAAGACUGGAAUGUCUCCAUUUAAUAUUGAAAAAGACUUAGAUAAAGAUACUAACGUUACUGUUAUUUUAAAAUAAAAUA